GUAAGAGUCAAAGGUCAUCACUGUGGUGACACUGAUGCUGUUUUCUUCGACUCUCUUGCAGCUGCGUAGCUUUUCAAUCGUUUUCUUUAAUGCAGGCAAAUUGGUGAAGAUGAGUUCGCGAUUUGAAGGUCGUAAUGAAAUAAGAUUUAACAAUUCUGGAGGCAGAUGCCUACUGGAGAACUGGGUGGAGGAGCGUGCAACGGCAAAACUUGAGCCCACCGAUGUCAACUCUGAAUACACAAGCAGUGCCCAGUUACACAGACAUGGCCACAAAGGUCUCCUUACAUUAGAAACCGAUGCAAGAGCUGAAAAACUCACUACAGUAAGAGAGUCAUAUCAGGAACCAAAAUUUCCUCAAGUAUUGUUGAAAGGAAAAAAAGCUAAAUUGAUUGAACAAAUGUUGUAUGAUGAAAUUGGGCAACAAACACAUGAAGACUUCAACCCACCACCUCCAAAAACAGAAUACAUUACAAUUAAGCAACAAGACUUUGACAAAAGUGAUUUUGAAUCAACAUUGCCUCCACCCACGAAGGAACACAAUGUGAACACUGAACAGUGUGUUACAUUCUGGUCAGAGCAUACAAACAAAAUUACGGGAGUCUCACAAGUCAAAACCAGAGAUACACCUUUCAAGAAGAACACAGCAUUCAGCAAACCAAUAGCCGAAUACCUUGAUGAAGCCAAGCCAUAUGAACAAGAAAACUAUCCAAAUAUGUAAACAUUGCCAAACACUUUAGAAAAGAUUGCUGCUUAAACUACUAAGCAAAACUGCAAUAACAGAUGUUAUCAUCUGCAACACUACUUGGGCUGAUUAUUCCUACUUUGUGAUUAGUACGAAUUCAGUAGAAAUGUAAAUCACUGUUCCUUACUUUGAAAAUAUUGAUCUCGAAGUAUUAA